AUGGCGAUUCAGAGAGUAACAGAAGCUGGACGCGGUUUGUUCGGGGCCAGCGAAGUGCCGGAACGGGUGGUGGCUUUUGAAAAAGCCAGACGGUGCCUGUUGCGGAGCAAAAUCAUCCAGGACGAGCAGGAACACAGACUUGACGAGAUCAACAUCAUAGCGCAAACCUGGGGACAGAGCUUGGAGCGCGAAAAGAAUUGCCUCGCAAGCAGACACGUGGCAGCUCGGGGCGACGACGCUGGGAUAGAUAGAAGCUUUGGAAGAGGGCGAGAAGCAUGA